AUGGCAACCAUUGAGAGAACUUUCACUGCCAUCAAGCCUGAUGGGGUCCAAUGCAGCCUCAUAGGAGAGGUCAUCAAGCAUUUUCAGCAAAAAGAAUUUCUUUACCUUAUUGCUAUGAAAGUAUUUCAGGCUUCUGAAGACUCUCAACGUCUUCAUUGACCUGAUUGACUUUCAAUGACCAUCAUUGACCUGAAGGACUAUGUAUUUUUUGCUGGCCUUGUAAAACACAUGCAAUCAAGGCCUGUGGUUGCCAUAGUCUAA